AGGUUAUCUUAUAAUUUAUAUUUUUAUUCGUUCUUUAAGGAGGAAAUAGUUAUAUAAUAUUAGCAAUAGUCAUUUUGUGUUUAUUUGAUUCUACACAUAAAAUUUAAUUAGUGAAAAAAUGGAGAAGAAACCAAAAGUUAUCGUCUUUGAUUUAGAUUAUACUUUGUGGCCAUUUUGGGUUGAUACUCAUGUAACUCCUCCAUUUAAGAGAGGAACGCAGAAUAAAAUAGUAGAUGCACACGGUCGUACAGUAAAAUGUUAUAUUGAUGUUCCUGAUAUAUUGAAACUGUUAUCAGAGGAAGGAUAUCAACUUGGCGUAGCAUCACGUACAUCAGAAAUAAAGGGUGCUAAACAAUUAUUAGAUUUAUUUGGUUGGAAAAAAUAUUUCAAAUAUGUUGAAAUAUUUCCUGGUAGCAAAGUCGCACAUUUUUUGAACAUUCAAAAAAGUUCUCAAAUUGAUUACAAAGAUAUGCUUUUUUUUGAUGACGAGACCAGAAAUAUUAUAGAGGUUGGUAAACUUGGAGUACAUGCCAUAUUAGUUAGAGAUGGUGUAACUCAUCAUGUUAUAAAAGAUGCUCUACAGUCAUUUAACAAACAAUGAUUCCUUAAAUUCUAUAAUUUAUUAAUAUUA